UCCGGUGGUGGGGGUCGUUGCAAAACAAACGAAUCUUGCGAAAGCAGAUAGGCACAUGUCUAUACUUAAUCAACAUAUGCAUAAUUGAAGUUUUAAUUUUUCAUGUUUGCGAGUAUUAUUUCUUGAAGCUCAUUGCUCACUGAAAAAAAUACAAAUACCUACUAACCCUACUUAAAAGCAGAGAAAAAUAAAAACGGCAUGUCAUGAGUCCACCGACGGGAGCGAGAUACAAGCGGUGCUUCGUGCCGGGUUGCCCGAGCGAUACGGUAAAAACGCCGGACAAGCAGUUUUUUUGCGUCCCGCUCGAGACGACGACGAGAUACAACUGGUUCGCGGCCGCCUGGCCCGGGGAAACUUUCGUCCCAAGGCAGUUGUACUAUUGCUGCCAGGACCACUUCAAUUUGAAAGAGGACUUGAAAUAUUCGCUGAAAGGGGGUUCCUCGCUGAGGAAGGAAGUUGUGCCUCAUAUUUUUGAUGGUCUGACGAGGCAAAAGUUGUUAAAUGAGGUUUCCAAUGGCGAAGAGCAGCUCCACAGGCUGCCCAAGAAAACGAGGAUUUUUGAUGAUGAAAACGAGGUCGACGAAUCUUCAUUAUCCAAGCAGAGGAAGGUUGAGAAUAAUCCAGCUCCGACUGAACAGAACAAUACUAGUCGGCAAUCAGGUCAUAUCGCAUCACAAUUAAAAUCUGCUUACGUUAUUCAACAGAAAAUUUAUGAAUCAGAAGCAAACGUUAGAUACGCUACUGAGAAUAACGGUACUCCCCAAAAGGAUGUAAUUAAUGUUCUCAAACACGACACUGUUAAACGAAAUUCUGAAGUCGUACAUACAGAGGCAGAAGAUGAUAACGAAAUUCAAAUUAUUGAUCCCCCUAUUAAUGAAGGCAAUACUCAACAAGGAAAGACAAGACUCAACCACAAUGACAAUCAUGGAUCGCACAAAUUGACGAAAAAAAUACUUUUUCCGGAAUCACCAGGUAUAAAUGGUACAACGAAGAAUAAGCUCCGGACUAAGACUAAAUCUACAUUGGCCAAGCCAAUGAUGGUAGAUGUAGCCUGCCAGUACGAUCCACCGAUCACGGAAGACAAAGCGUGCUCACCUAUAAGAUUGAUUAUAAAAAUGCCUGACUCCGACAAGGAAAGUGGCACUUUGAGUUCGAAACAGAUGCUAGUUUUGAUGAAGACUAGGAAAAACGAGCUCUUUCCCGUUAAGGACGUAAAAAAAAAUGAGGUGAACAAUACGGAAGAAAGUUCUUUUGCCAUUAGUCACCUCGUCAACAGCAAUCCCAAAGAAUACAUUGGCAUCGACGCGGACAAGCUUCAUAUCCUCGAAGAGUUGAAGAGUAGCACCGGCUGCAGCACGAACGACAUCAUGCUCACCCUGCUGAAGAUAAGAAUGAACAAGUCUUUCGUCAAACUAGCCCGUGAGUUGGGCAUAUCGACGAUCCAGGCCAUAACGAUCUUCAACAGGACAGUCGGCCUAAUAGCCAACUGGCUCAAAAAAUACGUAUAUCCGCAGUCAUCCGAGGAUACGAAAAAGUUGAUAGUCGACGUUCUCGAAGUUGAUGUCGAAAAACCUCUAGAUCCGCUGCAACCGUGCCCUUUGGCAGAGUCCAAAAAAUCUUGCAAGCUCAAGUACCUGAUCUCCUGCUCCCCGGAUGGCCUGAUCAACUUUGUGUCAAAUGGUUGCAACGGAACCGACGCCUCGCUUUUCCGCGAAAGCAAGAUCAUCAACAGCUUGCCGGAGAGCUGCACCGUUAUGGCCAACCACGAGUUCGACGAGCAAGUAGAGUUCAUACUGAGGAAGAGUAAGUGCCACUUUGUUCCAUUUCUGGCGGUGCGCUCUUGCGAUGCAGAUGCUCCGCAAAUCGAUUUGGACCUCAUGCGAGAGAUGAGUUUGAGAUUCAAUGUCGAGGAAACAAUGAAAAAUGUUCGAGACUAUAAGAUACUGGCGCCGGACGCCGGGCUCGAUUUUAGCUUCAUGACGCACGUGGAUAACAUCGUCACUAUUGUUGCCGGAUUAGUUAACUACCAUAGGCUCUAUGAGCGAUACUUUUGA